CGGCCCAGCGGCACUUCCCGGCCCGCCCCCCGCGAAGGGAGCCGCCAUUGCGGGUUGUUUGUGCGGCCGGCGGAGGGAGGCGGCGCCGCGGCCGCGGACUCGGACUCGUUCCCCGCGGCCAUCAUGUCUACCCCGGCGCGGCGGAGGCUGAUGCGCGACUUCAAGAGAUUGCAAGAAGACCCUCCUGUGGGUGUCAGUGGUGCACCGUCUGAGAAUAACAUAAUGCAAUGGAAUGCAGUUAUAUUUGGGCCAGAAGGGACACCUUUCGAAGAUGGUACUUUUAAACUAGUAAUAGAAUUCUCAGAAGAAUAUCCCAACAAGCCUCCAACUGUUAGGUUUUUGUCAAAAAUGUUCCAUCCAAACGUGUAUGCGGAUGGUAGCAUAUGUUUAGAUAUUCUUCAGAAUCGCUGGAGUCCAACAUAUGAUGUUUCAUCUAUUUUGACUUCAAUUCAGUCUCUGCUUGAUGAACCUAACCCCAACAGCCCAGCAAACAGCCAGGCAGCACAACUCUACCAGGAGAACAAACGGGAAUAUGAGAAAAGAGUUUCAGCUAUCGUGGAACAAAGUUGGAAUGAUUCGUAACGGCCGCUUUGUUCCUCUCCCUCCUCGUAAUCAUGCACCGUUUAACUCUCAAUAGAAAGGCCACCACAGAUUUCAAGUGCCACAGUUCUAAGAAUUCCCAUCAAAACUCAUUUUGCAACCAAAAUCUAAGCCCUCCAGUUUAGGAAACUUUCGAGCUUGUGUAUCUUGAUUAACGUCCUUUUUAUUGCAUGGUCUGAACUAAGUUAUUGCUGCAUAAAUUUGUAAUAUAUCCUGUUUGUAUUUUUUUUUCCAAGUGUAUACUGUUGGUGUGGAGUUUUCAUGACAGAAUAUACACAUUUUGUAAAUCUGUACUUUUUCAAAUAUUGAAUGCCUUAUUUUUGCAUUCUUUAGAUUUUUAAAUUGGAGAAAAGCACUUAACGAAGUUUUUAUAUAUAACUAUUUCAUGUACAACUGUUAAAUACAUAACCUUAGUGCAAGA